UCCUCUCACUAAGAGGAUUGAAAAACGAUCCAUUUCUGUCUCGUUUGUUCACUUUGCUGACGCUUUGUCAGUGUAGUGCCCCAGCUGAGCAGCCCUGUAGUUUCCCUCCGCUGUGACUGAAACUGGAAAACCCCGGGGACAGGAGGCAGAACUAGGCUGGAAGAUGAGCACCCGAGCCGGCGUCGACUACAGCGCCUGGGAUCACAUCUAUGUGUCAGACGACGAAGAUGUAGCCAGUCCGUAUGUCGACACGCCGAGCUUAUUCAGAAUGAGACACCGGGCCCGGUUAGAGAGAAUGGCUGAGUUUCAGCAGAAAGGGGAAGAUCUGGAGAACAACUUUGCUGAAUGCAAGAGGUUAUUAGAGGAAGCCCAGGGACGACUUAGGGAGCUGCAACAAGUAAAGAAGGAGGGAGAGGAAGAUGAGGAGCAGGAGGCUGAGCUGAAGAAAGUUCAGACUGAGGUGAGAGAACUGAAGAAGGAUCAAAAGGCGUUUGAGAAAAUGAUGGAGCAACACCGGCGAGAAGAAAAGAAACUGCCCUGGAACGUCGACACUAUCAGCAAAGAAGGUUUCAGCAAGAGCGUACUCAACAUCCAGCCUGUAACAAAGGAGGAAACGGAGGAAGUGGUGGAAAAGCACAAGACCUUUGUGCAGAAGUAUACAAAGGAAAUCAAACACUUUGGUAUGUUGCGGCGUUGGGACGACAGUCAGAAGUAUCUGUCAGACAACCCACAUCUGGUGUGCGAAGAGACAGCUAACUACCUAGUUGUCAUCUGUAUUGACUUUGAAAUAGAUGAGAAACAUGCACUGAUGGAGCAGGUGGCCCACCAGGCCAUCGUCAUGCAGUUCAUCCUGGAUUUGGCUCGGACACUGAAGGUCGACCCAAGAGGCUGCUUCAGACAAUUCUUCUCAAAGAUCAAGACUGCAGACAAGCCAUACCAAGAUGCAUUUGACCGUGAGCUGGAGUUGCUGAAGGAGCGGGUCCGCAGCUGUGCACAGAUUCGUAUGGAGGACGCCAUGAAGGAGGUGGAGGAGGAGGAGAGGCAGAAGAGACUAGGCCCGGGUGGUUUAGACCCUGUAGAGGUCUAUGAAUCACUGCCAAAGAUUUUGAAGUCAGUGUUUGCGCAGUCUAUUGAUGCCAGAGACGUCAAUACACAGCUCAGCAGAAUGGACUCUGCUCUUUGUACAAGGAAAUACAAAGGAGCUUUGACGAGAAGAACAUUCAGAUGCUGCAGGACGCUCUCAGCAAACUGGACCCUGAGGAAGGAAAAUACCAUCUGAGGAGGUGUAUUGACUCUGGAUUGUGGGUCCCAGAUUCAGGACAGGGUAAUGAUGAGGAAGAGGAAGAGGAAGAGGGUUAAGAAUAGAAGGAAGCUAAACAAAAAGGGGAGAUAAUGUUUCUGGUGGCAUUAGUUGAACUGAUACACUUGUUUUUUUCUGCAAUUUUGACCCACAUUAUCACUUUAAGAUAAUAUUUGUUUUUGUUAGUUCAGCUUGAAUUUGUUUAUAUUUGAAAACUCAUCGGACAGGGUCCAACAAGUAAGUAAUGUUUCAUACAUGCAACAAAAUGUCCAUAGUAGUGAAUCAUUACAGUAUUUUCUAGGCAUAUUAAAUCAAUGUACAUUAAAAUGUAAAAAUUUAUAAUUUAUACAUUUUCAAAUAUAUAAAUAUUUAAUAAGAAUAUGGACUAAAUUAUCAUAUGAUUAAAAAAAACUGAUCAGCAAGUACUGGAUUAGCACCACUUUCAGUCUCUUUCAGUUUGUGCAACUGAGUAAAAGAAUAUUAUAUCUUUUAGACAUGUCUCAAUCUGUUUUUCGUAGACGUUAUCAAAUGAAUGUCAUUAGAAAUAGCAGAUCUCACACAGACUCUAACAGGCACCACACUUUCUGAUUUUUUUUUUUGAUCUACUCAUUUUAUUUUUGAUGAUGCCAAAUUUACGCCAAAAUAUUAAAUACACUAUUGGGUCUAAAUUCCAAAAGUUGCUCUGUGCAUAUUUAAAAAAAAAACUGUAGAUAGGGCCGCAAACUGGAUGAGAAACUGAUGCUAAUAAAAUGUCUGACUUUCAUUAGUCAGCAGUGUAAGCCAAUGUCUCAGAUAUAUCUAAAAUAUUUAUCCAAAUAUUUAUUUUUAUAAAAAAAAAGUCUAGCACUGCAUCACAGAUUCUUUGAGGUAUAACCAUCUUUCUACUGUAAUCCUUUCUACUGUUGUGCUACUGUGGCCGACAGCGCCAUCUCAAGUCUGUUUGGGGACAGGCAGCCCAUGAACUACAUCGGUAUCCUGUAUGGUGAACAGUGUUGGGUAAAUUUGAAGUCCCCUGAUAAUUUUAUUUUGUAGUCAAUAUCAACUUGUCCUAAGAUGACGGCAGCAGCCCUAACAGUGCAGUGUGCUUCAAAGUCAAGCUUUCCACCUGUAGGAUUGUCAGGUCAGAGUUUAAGAACCUUAGUUAACUAUUGGUACAGUGUCAAUGGGUUCUGAAAUUUAAAGAUUACCUUGUGGCUUGUAUGUAGUGGACAGAAUGACAAACACCGUAGAUUACAGCAGACCGGCAUUAUAUAAAAAUUAGGUGAACUUUUCAUUUUUGUUGUGACUGUCAGAAGCCUCGAAUCACCUACAAAGUGAGUGUUUUCCGUCUUGUUUUUACGAGCAUGUAUCCUUGGCACGAGAGGAAAUAGAGCUCGGCCAACAAAUCAGCGGCCAAAUAUGUCGGCCAGUAUUACUGUAGAUAUAUGUACUUAUCAGCGUAUAUGUUAGGCGAUAAGUAACAAGAAAUUGCAGAAUAGAAAUGCCAUAGACAUGUUUCAGAUGAUUAAGAAACUGUUAAUUGUAAUAAUUAUAUUAGAUGAUAUAUGUCAUCAAGUGUUUGUAACUAUCAUAGAUAGAUACUGGUAUCAGCCUCAGAAAUCAAGUGUUGGUCGGGCUGUAGUUGGUAAUUCAGGCAUCUAAGAGUAAACCUGUCAGAUGGAUUGAAUUAAAAUAAAAUAACCUCAAAGCCCAACCUUGCUUUGCAGAUUUCAACAUUGAUUCAUUACAGUUAAUCUGCCAGAACUACUACUGUCAUGAACAAUGACAGUAAUGAUUCAUCCUCUAUCAAUUGCCUGAUCAAUUAGUCAUCAAAUCGUUUAAACUUUAAAAGAGAUGUAGAGUUCGUCCAACUGAACGCUAGUUCAAAUAAAGUUGUUUUAUUGUUGCUACUUGGUAAUUUUUAAUAGUUUUUGUGUAAAGGUUUUACAAGCAGUAUGUUUUUAUUUAGUAGUUAUCCUUGCAGAUGUGAGACUGGUUUUAUGUUGUGUUGUAGAACUUGCACAAUAAACCAGACUUGAUUUUCGUUGUU